UCACAGUAUGGGCACAAAUCCACAGCAACACCAUCACCACCUACACCAGUACCACUACCAUCACAAGCAACAACAGCAAUUCACAAAAUUUCCACAACAACAACCAUCGACAACGACGUAGCACCGGAAGCAGUAGCUCCAACAAUAUUCCAUCGGUUAGCGAGAACAGUGUUUUGUAUUUAACACCAUCGCAACCAUCUAUACCACAUUUUGUGAAUGCUUCCUUUAUAAUAUUUUGCAAUACAAAACAACGAACGAUUGCAACAACAGAUGCAACUGCAGCAUCGUCGUCUUCAUCAUCAUCACCAUCAGCAUCUUUAUCGAAUACAGUACAAACAGAUAUUGAGACUAAAUGGAAAGAUCCCAAUGGUGUGGUGCGUGAGAAUACCAAAGGUCGUGUUCAUGUUGAAAAAAAGGCAGGAUCGUUGGCAUUAUUCUUCGAACACAUUGCACUGGAAGACAAAGGCAAUUGGACAUGUGAAGUUAAUUCGAAGGAUAUAAAAGAACGAAUAUCCUUUGAGUUAUUAGUAUAUCAAAAAAUAUCCUUUGACAAAACGGAACUUGUGCAGUCAGCUAGAGAAGGUCGUGAUGCUACCGUUCAUUGUUUGGUGAAAGGUGAUCCAGCACCUGCCAUUUCAUGGCUUUUCAAUGGAGAGUCCAUAACAAUUUCUAACAGCACAAAAUAUCGUACAAUUUCAAAUGGUCUUUAUAUCAAGAAUGUAACGCAAGCAGAUGCUGGUGAAUACACAUGUCGUGCAAUGCGUAUCACAUCGACUUUUGCUGAUUCCGAUCAGAUAACGAUACUGCUGAGAAUACAAC